CCUUGCCCAAAGCGGAAGUUAGUCCUUGUUGACUUUCCGGUCUUCUCAAGCAACAUGGCGAACUCAGACCAUGUUGAGCACGACUCAAAACACGUGAAAAUGUCUGGCCAAAUUCCCGAGACUUGCGUUCAGGACCCGGCAGAUAAAGUUAAUUUAUCGGCACGUGUAGAUUUGGCUGGUAUUCCGUGCGCCAUUCCGUCUUUUGCAGCAGCUUCCGAACUUGUAUCGGCACCUUACUCGUGUCUUGUGAUGAACACUCACCGAAGACACAUCGUGCUUCCACCCAUGUACCUGAACAAGAAGAGGACAUCAUUACGGGAGGAGUUAAAGGCCGAGUUGCUCAAGUUCUCACCAAGCCUCCAAGGUGUUCCUCUAGCUUUUGACAAUAUACAGCUUAUGAGCCACUAUGGAGACAUUUAUGGUGACAGUGGCUACAUCCACAUGGACAUACAAGCCAACUUUAUUAUAUUUCAACCUCAAGCAGGGCAACGAUUGCUGGGCAAGGUGAAUAAACUAGGUGUCAGCCACGUGGGCUGCCUGGUCCAUGGCUGCUUUAAUGCCAGCAUUCCCAAGCCCACCCUGGUUUCCGUGGAUACCUGGAGGGACGCAGGGCCCAAAAUUGGAGCGGAGCUGGAAUUUGAGGUGAAUGCGCUUGAUGCUGACACUGCCGGUGUGCUGCUUAUAAGAGGACGGCUGAACAGAACCAAGGUUCAGGAAUUGUUGGCUAUUGCCGAGAGCUCCGAUUUGGCUAUCACCGUUGACCAGGAUGAGCUAGAAAGCACAGAACCAGCCACAGAACCCAGCGAGGAGUCUAUUGUCGAAGACUCCACCAAGAAAAAGAAGAAAAAGAAGAAAGAUAAAAUGAAAGAAGUGAAAGAAGAAGUAGCGGCCUCGCCAUCACGCCAAGACGAUGUUAACGCUGCGCUCGAUUUGAAUGGAACAGAAAUGGACGCAAGUGGGGAGAAAAGGAAGAAGAAAAAGAAGAAAGAUAAAAUCAAAGAAGAAGAGAAAGGCGAACUCAUGUCGACGCCCUGCCAAGGCGAUGGUGACACUACUCUGGAGCUGAAGGGAACGGAGAGCGACGCGUAUGGUGAGAAAAAGAAGAAAAAAGAGAAGAGGAUAAAGGAAGAAGAGGAGCAGGUGCAACUCUCUUCCAUGGAGAUCCAUGCCAGCGACUCCAGCGGUUAUCACAGUGACAAGCCCAACAAGAAGAGAAAACAUGAAAAGGAGAGCCAAGUCGUAGCAAGUUCUAGUCAAGAUGCCGAAGAGCCAAAGUCCAAGAAAAAGAAGAGGAAAAGUGACGUCGCUUAAAAAAAUAGAUUUGAUCUGAUUAGAAUUAUCCUGCAAAUACCAGAAUGGGUGAACAGUUUCCCCACGUCUGCAGUUGCCAUUCUUGGCCGAAUGGGGGCGCAGAAAUACUGCUUUACAAAGCAGUACCAACUGGACUUGACAAGAUAAGGAUAGAAUACGUUUCAAUCUCCUCUGUGCCUUACAAUUCUCCACAAACUGCAACCAUGUGAAAAUCUGAUAACCGCUACAAGGAAAUACCAACAUUAAAUAUUAAGGACAACAACUUCAUCGUCAUGUAGUUCUUUUGAAACCAAAGUAAAUGCUGAAUAAAUAUAGAUUGUUCAAAAUA